CUGUCCAAUGCAUACAUACAUAUUAUAUCUCUUUAUUUGAUUCUAGAUUUAAUAGCACCGGUAAUCAGUAAUGAUCAACGUAACUGAAAAGUCAGGUGCUGGUCAUGGAUGACCAGUAUGGCAAACAACAUGAUAAUGCACUACUUAUGUGUUCUCCUUUCGUAUAUCAUUUUAACUCGAAUAAUAAUUCACGAUACAAUACACGGUCCAUUCAAACACAAAGUGCAUAGGACACCCAGAGAAGUGACACUACUAUUUGCCUAAGUCAACGUUUGCAUUAUAAUGUGAUAUGCAGAGGUAUCAGAAACGGGACACGCAACAUCCGGACGAGAAAAGGAUUUCUUUCGCGCAAGAAUCUGCUUUAAUCCACCGAAACUGUCGACGAAGUGGUCGGUAUCGUGUAUAUAAUACACUUGGUAAGCUGCAUUUUCUCCUCACCUCUUUACAGACGUAUAUAAUUUAGAGAUUUCCUAUCUUUCUCUUACGAUCACCAAUUAAUUUGAUUUCUCUUCAUCAUUUAUUUGGCAAUACUUCUUCGAAUCACUCAAGCUGAUCGAAGGCCACUUAUACGCUUUUUCCGAUUAAUGAAGCAGAACAUUGCAUGGAAAUAUUAUAAUCGGAAAUGGCUCAUCGAGCCGUUUUAUCAAUGAAUAGAAGUAUUUAUUUGCGACGAUAUACGUAAUUAUCUUAAUUGGAGUUUUAAUCACGACGAUUAGCGCGCGGUUUCCAUCACUAUAUAAUACGCUCUGUUUUAAGUUUGAAGUCUUCUCUGCCCCCGUAUAAAUAGAUCCAAUUUUAUAAUCAUAAAAUGAUUAUUUUUGAAGGUCAAAUCUCAUCAUGUAUCUCAAUGUUUUCUCAACUUCACGCAAUCUACUCCGCCUCAUUAUAAAUUCUCUCUUGCUUCGAUUUCGAUAUUUUCUCUUUCUCGCACACAUAUUUUUUUAUUCUAUAAUGUUACGUCAUGUAAUCUUUAUGCGAAAUCAAGUCGUACGUUCGUGAAUCACCCUGUACUCCACACCCGGCACGCUCACGCGUGUGCGUGCGUGCGUGCGUGCAUGUGGACCAUAUAAUAUCCCACGCGUGUAUGCGCGUUCCGAAGUUGGCGGUGCCGGAGAGCCGGCCGCGACGUGAUCGAGUCACGCGAGUUGGUCCAUUCGCUGCUAGUCCGCAACUCCGCAGCAGUCCAUUGGGAGGAGUCGCGAGAGGAUGAAACUCGUUCUGCCGCUCGUGGUCCUCCUCGGAGCGUGUGCGUGUCACGCUGCCGACGGCGAUGACGACGACAAGAUCGAGAUCAAUGAGAUCGAGAGCGAUGAAUCGGUGCCGCGUGAAGGGCAACGCGUGCGCAACGCCACGCUCGCCAAGAUCUUCGAGAACGCGGUCCAGGCUUAUCUCGAGGAGGACUGGGACGGCUGCGUCGCGGGGUUUAACGAAGCUCUGCAUGGAUACAAAGCAUACAAACGCACGGUGACGAUUUGCCGGCGAAAAUGCAAAGCCGAAGCGGCAGGUUCCUCGCCAAUCUUCGCGGAAGAUAUCGAGGAUCUGCAUUUUUACGAGAGAAAAGUGAAGGAAACGCUUUGUUUAAUGAAAUGUAAUCAAGAUUAUCGAGAAAUCGCAGGUGCGGGGGCGCUUAAACGACUCCCACACGCCACGGAGAAGAAGUUUGUCGAUCUUGCCAUCUACGAGUAUCUUCAUAUUUGUUAUUUUCAGAAAGGAAGACAUCAAGAUGCAGCGAAUGCAGCUUUCACCUUCCUGUCCCAACAUUCCGACCACGAGAUGACUAUGAAGAAUCUGAAGUACUAUUUGGAUCUACCUGACGUGGCUGUGGAAAAAGUCGUGAAUUUGGAGGCGGCCCCCUUUAUGCAAAAGUACACUCGAGGUGUUCAGGAAUACGAAAAUGAGUAUUACGCGGAAGCUGUGGUCGAAUUAGAGAGUUCACUCAAGUCUUACAUGGAAUCCGAGGAGCAAUGCAGGCUCUAUUGCGAGGGUCCCUUCGAUCAAGGAUGGUAUCCCGAGUUUACCUCUUCGAUAUCAAAUCACUUUGCGUUCUGUCUGAAAUGCAAACGUAAAUGUUCACUUGCGUUGAACAACGUGAAUGGCAACUUUCAGAGUGAUUUGCUCAGGAGUCAUUAUAAUUACUUGCAGUUUGCUUAUUAUAAACUGGGUAAUUUGAAAGCAGCUUGUGCAGCAGUUGCGAGUUAUUUAUUAUUUUUACCUGCCGACGAGACAAUGCUGCAUAAUAAAGACUAUUAUAGCUCCCAGCCGAAAGUGAAAGAGGAGUAUUUCACGCCAAGAGAGGAAGCGCUUUCCUACGUGAAGCGGCAAGAAUACGAGCUGAUGCUGCUGCACUAUAUAUCGAAGGAAUUCGCGGCGAUCGAGGCCAGAUUUAGUGCGUUUGACAAGAAGACAAACAUGAAGAAGGCCGACAAGAAGGAAUUAGGGAAGGACUUUUCCUCGAGACCAAUCUUGCAUCCACCUCCAGGCCAUUCGCCGUCCAUUCGAACGCGACUCGUGGGUAAUCUGUCGACGUUCCGGGACAAGGAGGAGACGGAGAUACGAGAAGGUCGUGUCACGGAGCGGCUAAGAGUCACGGACGACGCGCGACUGAUAGCAGGAGAAAGUGAGCUCGGCGGAAGAAACCGCUACGCGGUCGAUGGAUUCCUCAAUUCCACCGAUUGUAAUCUGCUCAUGCAACUCGCCCAGAUCGCCGUGGAAGGAGAUGGUUAUGACGAAAACAAAAGCCCGCAUUCGUCUUACGAGCGUUUCGAAGGCGUGACCGUCGGCAGGAUAGCCUUGAUGGUCUACUUCGGUCUGACAAAGCCGGAAUUACUGAAGCUAUUCCUGCAACGCACGGAAGCGGCUCGCGAUCACGUGGAAAGGUAUUUCGACCUUGAUCGACCAUUGUAUUUCACCUACACCCAUUUGGUCUGCCGAACGGCUUUACCCGAUUUGCCGGCGAAUCGCACUGAUCUAAGUCACGAGAUUCAUGCCGAUAACUGCGUGAUACAAGACGAAGGUUCCUGCUUGCGGGAAGAUCCCGCGUACACGUGGCGGGAUUACUCGGCGAUCUUGUAUCUCAACGAUGACUUCGACGGCGGCGAGUUCUUCUUCGUAGAGGACUGGCAGGGACACCGCGUCCAGGGCGUCGUUCGGCCCCGGUGCGGACGUAUGGUGGCAUUCUCCGCCGGUGGGGAGAAUCUUCACGGCGUUCGGGCCGUACGUAGCGGCAGGAGAUGCGCGAUGGCGUUGUGGUUCACCCAGGACGAAAGGUAUCUGGAGUACGAGAGGGUGAUGGCGGAUACCGUGUUGCAGAGAGUCCGCACUUUGGGUACCGUCCAACGCGAGGAUACCCAAAUACCCCUAAGAUAUAAAGACACACUGUUCCAAUGUUUCGAAGAAGAUGAGACGUUGAGGCACAUAUUGAGAGAAUUCGUGCAAGAAGACAGCGAAACGUGGUACUAUUGAUAACAAUUUAAGCAAGAUCUAAGCUGUUUUAUCUGCAUUUAAAUUAGAAUAGACGUGCGUUCAAAUGUCGAGACGAGAAGAAGAGAAGGAAAGAGAAAUAUGGCAAGCGCGCAACUGAAAUUAAUGAAUUGAUCAAUUCGUGAUUUACAAAACUCACAGACAAAAGUGAUUUGUAGCUCGACAGAUGAAAGUCUCGAGAAUAGCAACAUAUUCCUUGAUGAAUGGCUGGACCAUGGAGGCUGGAGAUUCGAGAAUUUUUUAAUCGUGUUUUACAACGGUAAAUUAUAUAUAAAUUUGUAAUCUGUAAUCAGGCAUUAAUCGGCUAAUCUAUAUUAACACUUACGUGUAACACGUAAGUGUUAAUAUAAAUUAGCCGAGUAGUAUUUAAAGAAACAGACGAGAUAGAUGUUAAUUCCAGAAUAUUCACUUGAAGAGCAGCCCAAUAUGCGCGUAUUAGAUUUACGCGACAAAGCCCAUUAUAGAAAUCCCACAUCGUUGCUGUACGUUCCCAUCACGGAAAACUACAACAACGAUAUAGGAUUCAUCUCAAUAAUCUUACUGUGUUUAAUUUAAUCACGUUUCUAGUCGGCACACGUACAUUAUAGAAAUGCACAAACUUACCUCGCAUAUAUCUUGCACACACGCCGUAGUCAGUCAUAGUCAAUUAUUUAUAUACUUCAAACUCAAGCUAUCGAUUGAACCUACUCAGGGCAGCGAUCAUGUGAUUCCCUGGGGCAAAAACGUGAAAGGUAAAAAAUUUCUCCAUUAUCUUCCAUGAUAACUUUUCAUUUUUCCCCAUUUCUGUUUCGGAGAAAAGGAAUUACAGAAAAAGAGCGAUCGCUACUCUGAACUUGAUCGGUUCAGCCGAUAUUGAGAUUCGAUAAUCUAAGUGUCUCAACUAGUCUUGUCGCGUACAGAUACACGAUCCGUCUCGACGGCAUGCGUGUACACUUGGCGCGAGAUACUAUACCGUGUCUAUCGAUAAAUUAUUCUGCUAAUUAUUUUAUGUAUAGCGAAGUGUGUAUAUGUAAGCGAUUGCGACACGUCGUCGCGAUUGCAACAAACUGUAUUUAUAGAAAAUAUCCUAAAUCUUUAUUAGAACAUGGACAUAUUACAUGUCAACAAGUUUACAUAACCGCUCGCUAUUCAUCGCGCAAUGUGUUUUGUGUAUCGCAUCGUUAAUUUACAGUCCUCGUAUUUAUAUUAUGUAUAAGAAGUUACGCCUGUAUUAUGUACGCGAUUUGCGUUUGCAGUCCCCUUCCUCCUUCUCCUCUUCUUCCUCCUCUCCUCUUGUUCCUCUUAAUUACCGCGCGACGAGAGUCCCGUAUAACGCGCAUGAUGGACAACCUUUAUUGUACUACGUCUCUUUGUAAAAUCAAUUCCGUCGAUUAAGCGCGCGUAUGGUAUUAAUCGUCCGUAACUCUACUAACACAUUUACAUCUCGUCGUAACGAUCGACAUCCGCAAUUCGUCCGCGUCGUUAUCGUAAUCGCGGGACAAACAGGAAAAAAAACACGCUCUCGUCAGCGGACAGAGCGGAAACGACUUAGGAUGAAGGGAGGGAGGCGAGGGUACGAAAAAUAAAACUCAAAUUCUCCUUUUUCUCGAAAAAAUUACGGAUCGGAGGAAUGUGUCUCGAGAAGAAUAGAAAAAAAAAUAAAGAAACUUACAAUUAAUUUCCAUAACUUUUACAUGUAGAUUCAAAUAAAAGUCAGGGUUUCUAUAAAGAUUGAAAUAAAUGUACGAGGAUUCGAUAAGUCUUAUUUACAGAGAAAACAAUUUUUAAAGUUGGCGUAGUGUAGUUUUAGGCCUGUCGUUUUAAUGACGAUUACAUCCAAACGCAUAUCCUUUCCCUUUCCUCUUCCGAAGUUUUAAGCAAAGCGAUUGUCGGAUUCGUUUUUACUCCUCUGAAUUGUGAGUGUUAAUUAAAACUUGUAACUGAACGCAUAUACACGCAUUAAGAUAUGCGAUAACUUAACGUGAAACACGAAAUUGGAGAACAUGAGUUUUACUUCCGUAUCCCUCCCCUCCCCCGUGUUCCUCAUCGCAGUCGUCGUCGCCCGUCGUCGUCGUCAUUUCGGGAUCAGUCGGGAAGAAAGCGAUAACGUAAUUACGAUACAUCAUAACGUAUAUAUGUAUGUUUCAAUACAAAACGUUUAUUACGAAAUUAUAGUGACAUCUGCGUAUCACAGGAGAGCUCAGUCGAUUCUUUAGAAACCACUCCAUCGCCGUUGUGUUAUUACGAGUAUCGCGAUUCGAAUCCUGGCACGCGAACUUUCCCACGUGAAACCAGGAAGUUAUUAGUUAGCUACAACAAUGUCGCGUGCCGCGUUUAAUAACGGAAUGGUCUAGAAGUCUAGAAACCUUUUGUUGCAUUGCCAUUAGAUACUCGAAGGUAAAACGAAACAGACAGACGAUAUCUACAACUCGAUACCGAUCAACGUAAUUUGAUCUCGCGCGGUGAAUUUAAUAUCUCGAAUGGAGUGGUCACUCGAGUUUCGUCAUAGGUCACAGAUGUUUUUGUAUUGCUCUUUUUCGUGUGUAGACCUUGGCAUAUCGCCCCUCCCUGCACGACGAUUACAAUUAAAAAAGCAUUCUCGAAAGUAAGGCUUUCGCGUCAACUUCGCGUCGUAGAAGAUAGGCGCGCAAAGAGAGAAAGAGAGAGAAAGAAAGAGAACGAGAGGUGUUGAGAAGAGUAUCGCAGAGGAACGCUGAGGCGCAACGGUAAUGACGGUAAUUGUAAUAAUUUUUUUUUUUUUUUACCGAUCGUAUAUUUCUUUCCAGCAACGAGAAGUAUAAGAAAACAAUACUUCACGUUUUUUUAGCGUCACAGUGAUUGUUACAGUGAAAAGGCGUGAAACUGGCGUUAUUUUAGUGCCCGUUUGACACACACGCCUCUUCACAACUUUCGAGAUGUCGCCUAAACGGAACUUUCUCUAUUUAUCGAUAAGAGAUUUAAGUUUCAAGCGUAGGAGAAUUGAAUUCUCUUAGACCAGGGACAGAGCGAUCAACGAUCAUCGCUUGUCGUCGAUGUAAAACGGAAGAAAAAUAUCGUCGAGUGUGCCGGACUGUAUGAUUCGGAUCAGACUUCUUACAAGAGUUACAUUAUUUCGUAAUCUUAUGUAUACGUCGCAUAUCUUUAAAAAACUGAUUCCGCGAUUUUCGAAGUGUACUCUGAUGUAAAUGCUCGGAGAAACCGAAAAACAAUUUUUUUUACUUGGUAAAAAUAAAAAAAAAUUUAAUCGAUAAAA